GUUAUAACUCAAUGGGCAUUGGGUGUUGUCCCAAAUCCCAUAGGUAUGGGUAACAAGUAUAGUGGGUUAGGUUUAUUUGUCAUGCUAUUAUAUGUUACAAAUAAGUAUACCAGUCAAUCGGAGCCUGGGGCCUAA